AUGGCGGCGGAACGGCGGCAGCGGAAGCUACGCCUCUUCCUCCUCGCCGCGUUCGCGUGCUCUCUGCAGGCAGCAGGCGCCGCCGCGGAGAGCACGGCGACCAUGUCGGUCCGGCACAAACCGUCGAAGCCGAGGCAUGGCAAGCACAUGCCGGGUCCGCGGGGGAGCCACGCCAGCAGCGGGAUGGCGUCGUGCAACAUGUUCCAGGGCAGCUGGGUGCUCGACGACGCGCCGCCGCUGUACGACACGGCGGGGUGCCCGUUCGUGGAGGCGGAGUUCGACUGCCAGAAGUACGGCCGCCCCGACAAGCUGUACCUCAAGUACCGGUGGCGCCCCGCCGCCUGCGAGCUCCCGAGGUUCAACGGGCAGGACCUGCUGAGCAGGUGGAGGGGGAAGAAGAUACUGUUCGUGGGGGACUCCAUCAGCCUGAACCAGUGGGAGUCGCUGGUGUGCAUGCUGCACGCGGCGGCCCCGGCGUCCAGGACCACCUACAGCAGGGGCACCCCCGUCUCCUCCGUCACGUUCCAGGACUACGGGCUGUCGGUGGUCUACUACCGAAGCACCUACCUGGUGGACAUUGUUGAAGAGUCCAUCGGCCGCGUGCUGAAGCUGGACUCCAUCUCCGGCGACCCCUGGCUCGGCGCCGACAUGCUCAUCUUCAACACCUGGCACUGGUGGACCCACACCGGCAAGGACCAGCCGUGGGACUACGUGCAAGAUGGAGCCCAGGUGAUGAAGGACAUGGACCGGCUCACCGCCUUCUCCAAGGGGAUGUCCACGUGGGCCAGGUGGGUCGACUCCAACGUGGACGUCUCCAAGACCAAGGUCUACUUCCAGGGCAUCUCGCCGACCCACUACAACGGAGCUGACUGGGGGGAGAGCUCCAGGAGCUGCGCGAAGCAGACGCAGCCGAUCGCCGGGCCGGCGUACCCAGGCGGGCCGCUGCCGGCGCAGGGCGCGGUCAGGAGCGCGAUCAGCGGCAUGUCCAAGCCGGUCUUCCUGCUCGACAUCACGCUGCUGUCGCAGCUCAGGAGGGACGCGCACCCGUCCGCAUACAGCGGCGGACACCCCGGCAACGACUGCAGCCACUGGUGCCUCGCCGGCCUGCCCGACACCUGGAACCAGAUACUCUACGCGUCUCUCCUUGCAUAGGAAAAAAGAAAGAGGCGCGCGCGCGCGUGAUGACUCUAUUGUUUGUUGCAACGCAGUUUAAUUUGAUGCUGCUCUCUCGCAGUAGCUUCAAUUGUUUUGUAUGUGGGGGUAUGUAAAUUGGCGGUUCAGCUGGUGUUCAAACAUCAGAACGAAAGGUAAUCAAUCAAAGCAGAGAAAUACUUUUGAGUUUU